GGCAAUUCAAGUCUUCCAGAAGCUUCUGUACGCUGAGCCGGGAUUCCGACGUGCCUCAGAAGUCCAUUUGAGGCUAGCUUUGAUGUUUAAGGUGCUGAAGCAGUAUGACAACAGUCUGAAGCAUUUCAAGUUGACUUUAGCCGACUCCAACCCUUGCAUUUGUCCGGAGCCAGAAAUUCGUCUACACAUCGCACAUCUGUAUGAGAUCCAGGGCAAGUACAAACAAGCCAAGGAAGCGUACGAGGCCUUCGUCCAGGCAGAGUCGUUGGCCCCUCAGAUCAAGGCUGCAGCCCUCCGUCAGCUAG